AUGUCACCCAAAUCGGAGAUCCAUACUGCCUUCGCCAACAUCGAUGGCGCCACUAAAUUCACCCCAACAUCCGACUCCAAUGAUCUAAUCUUCUACAUCUUAAAGAUCCUCCUCGUUGUGCUCAGCGGGAAGCUUGCUCAGCAAGCGCCGCUGCACAAUGAGGAACAUGUGUUUUCUCCACGAGUUCCUGGACGUAAUUCUCUUCGAAGCAGCGAUGGCCGACAUCGUAGACUUGGGGAAGGAGGGAAACUGGCUUGCUCUUGCUCACGGCCACCACCCGGGAUGUUUCAUUUAAAGCAUUUAAACAGUUUGAAAGUAGAGAGUAUAAAAGAUUUUCUCCCUAUGGUCUGA